AUGGAACGCGCCUUAGAUGCCCAGCAAAUUAUGAGCAUGUCUUUGGAGAAGAUGUGUAGCUCCCGGCUUCAGAGAGGCGGGAUAAACCUGCGCAAGAGUCUCCUGGUUUGGCGGCUUGUGCGCUGCGCUCGACAGACGCUCGGCGCUCCGGAGCCCGACACCAUGACCAUGGAGCUGCUGGAAGAGGAGCUCCAGCGCAAAGGACGGGACAUGAUGAUGAUGAUGAUGAUGAUGACGAAGGGCAUCCAGGAUCCGUUCUCACAACCGUGCUACGGUCCAAGCGCAGUCUGUUGGGCUGUAGAGGAACCGGAACCCAUUCCUGAGCGGGUCACAUGUGAGCUGCAGGAGGCAAAGUCUGGGAGCAUCAGUGAGUGCUUCUCCGUGGAGAGCCUGAGCCAGGUGCCUCCUUCAGAGGAGAUGUCAGUGUGGACCACGUGUCACACAGGUGCCAGACACAGUGUCUUGGAUGGGGUGCAUGCUGGAGACGGUGGAGGACCGAGCAUCCGUGGGCGAUGCUGGAGAUCUGACUGCAGAUGCUGCGAUGCUGCUGUCACUCAAUACGACACGUGUGGGGGCAUCGGGAGGAAGAGAACUGCGGGCUCUUCACCGCAGAGUGCUGUCCCAGGGAAGCAGAGCAAAGCAGCUCCACCCAAGGCCCAGACUAAGGAGGACGGCGAAGAGGAAAGUGCAAUGGACACUGGAGACACGUCCGACCUCACAGAUGUGUUGAGAUCCAACUUGUCAAGACCCGUGACUGAAGACCCAGGGUCUGGCCAGACGUUUGGGGAACUUGCUCUGAAAAGCAUCAGUCCCUGGGGUUCUGCGGUUGUGGCUUUCUGA